AUCAAGAAGAGCCGCUCGUUUCGCAUCCCCGAAGAACCGGACCGCGACGACGACAUGUGGGCGUGGCAGGAAUGGGCGGUGCACUACGGCGGCGCGCUGGAGAACCCGGUUCUGCGCGUGAGCGACCGCGGAAAGACUUAUGAGGAUGCGUGGCUGGGCGAGCCGCGGGACGGGGACGAUCCUUUUGACAGGGUACUGGCGAAUCUCAAGGUGCCGCGCAAAAGGCCCGGGGAGGUGACGCUGGAGGAUAUUUGGAGCAAAGAUUGGAAGAACAACCUCAGCAAAGGGAAGUGCUCGAAUGAGGAGCUCGCUAUCAGGUUCGAGUACGACCUCAGCUCACCUUGGGAGGUCGAUAUCACCAUAGACCCAGACAAGAAGGGGCACUAUCUGUGGAAAAUGGGCGAGCCGAGCAGCCAUCCUGAGCUUGUAAAUGCUAAAGGCGCGGCGCCAGUGGAGGAUGCUCUAAGCUAUCACAAUGAUAUCGACGGAAAGAAGAAGACGGUAUCGUCCUUGCUUUUUGAACACAGUGCGUUUGAGCGCUACCUCAAGGGGGAAAUUCGCUCCGUCGUGCGCAACACCGAGCAGGCCGUAUACGAGAAGGACCACCCGCCUGCGUCCGUGCUGGAAGAAAAUGACGAAGAGUCUGAUGAAGUGGAGGAAGAUGACCUGUAGUAGGUACGUCUUCACGGCUUCCCUCCGUGGAGGCCGCAGUACCUCCGCACCCGGAGCUCGCAGAGUCCAUCGAUCCUUCUCGCCAAGUACUAUAUGCAGCCCGUCUAAUGCAGUGUAC